UCAACGCGAUCAUCGAUCAGAAAAGAAGGAAAUCCCUCCCCCGAAAACAAAUAAGAAAAAAAGGAAAUACCACAAAAUAAUUCAAAAUGAAAUUCUUACUAUUGUCUGUGUUCCUCUUCGUCGCCGUAUGCCUUAUGCUGACCAGUGCUGUGCCAGUGGAGGAGGCCAUUCCCGAGGGUAUUGAGGGUCCUGGCAGUGAACCAAUUAGUCCUACGGAUGAUCAAUCGUUUUUGCUUAAAUUGAAGUUGCUCAAGAAAUUGUUGUUCCUGGGCUAAGCAAGAUGAGCACAAGAGGAUAUUUCUCAAAAAUGGAAUUUGUACUCUUAACAUGGAAUUUAGUUCAUUAAGCAAUAUUAUGUUAAUAAUAAUGAUAAUAAUAAAAAAAUGG